CCUUACUCUCCCAUCCACACCUUUCCUUUCUUCUUCCUUUUCCUUUUUCUUUUCAUCCAACCCCAUUUCUGGAUACAAGAAAAGUACUGCAUUUACUCUUCAAAACGCUUGCAUUAAAUGCACCAUUGUGUUACUAUUUUUCUGAAAAUACAUGUAUCUGCUCCCUUCUUUGACAUUCCUCUUUAGUUCUUCUUUUAUUGCUCACUUUCCUGUAUACACUUACUCUCUUCUCCAUUCUGACCCAACCCCAACACCAUUAAUGGAACCUUCAUUGGAGACCCCCUGGGAGUGAAUUGUUUGGACCAAGUUCUGGUUGACGAAGAGACCCUGAGACUAGAGGAGGAAGAACAGCUUCUGAUAUCAAGUUUAGAGGACAAGAUGCCUUUUCUUCAGAUGCUUCAGAGUGUGGAAUCCCCACAGUUUUUCCCUUUGAAAGAACCAAACUUUCAAACACUUCUGAGGCUGCAGCACAUUACGAAACCAUGGGAGGGAAUGACCUAUGUUCCAAGAAUGGAAGCACAAGUUCAAGCAGCAUUGGAGCUAGAGAGUUGUGUGACACAUGACAUGUUGGAGAUGCAGUCACCGGUGAAGUCAGAAAGCAAUGAGCUCCAACACCCACUUUCAUUUUCUUGUGUUGAGAAAGUGAGCUAUGAGUGCAACCAGGAACCACACAAAGUAUCACAAUCAUGCCCCAAAUCUCAGCCAGCAACCACAAGGGAAAGGCGAAAGAGAAAGAGAACAAGGCCAAGCAAGAACACGGAAGAUGUGGAGAACCAACGCAUGACCCACAUUGCUGUUGAACGCAACCGGCGGCGUCAAAUGAAUGACCAUCUCAGUGUUCUAAGGUCCCUCAUGCCUCCUUCCUAUAUUCAAAGGGGUGACCAAGCCUCAAUAAUUGGUGGUGCAAUAGAUUUUGUGAAGGAGUUGGAGCAGUUGCUUCAGUCCCUUGAGGCACAAAAAAGGAUGAGAAAGAAUGAAGAGGGAGGUGGUUCUUCUUCCUCGGUGUUGUGUAAGCUCCCUCCAACACCGUCAUCUUCAUCACCACAUGGCUAUGGAAUGAGGUCAUCAACUAGUGAGGAAGUGAGCUGUGGAGAUGAGAUGAAAGCAGAAAACAAGUCAGAGGCAGCAGAUAUAAAAGUGACUUUGAUUCAAACCCAUGUGAACUUGAAAAUUGAGUGCCAAAGGAAACCAGGGCAAUUGAUAAAGGUCAUUGUUGCUUUAGAGGACCUAAGGCUAACCAUUCUGCACCUCAACAUCACCUCCUCAGAGACUUCUGUCCUUUACUCCCUCAAUCUCAAGAUUGAAGAAGGCUGUAGCCUACUUUCAGCAAGUGACAUUGCAGAAGCAGUUCAUCAUAUAUUCAACUUCAUUAAUGGUAGCUAGACACCACUAGCUCUCCAGCCUUAGGGAGUGGUUGCAGAGGAAUAAAGGACGAAUCAUUGCAAGGAAGAUGGGGAAACGGGGAACACAGGGCAUUCAUUUCUUGUCUUCAUAUCAAUAUGAUGUGUAUAAUGUUAGGUGGUAGCUGAGAGAGAUAAUAGAUGAUGAUGGUACUGCAGGGAGGCUAAGGCAUGUGAUAUAUAUUAUUGUUUGCUGCUCAAACGGUUUCUCUUGUGUUGAUUUAAUUAAAAUGUUAGCUUUUGUUGUAUAAUGUUGUGGUGAAUUCUUGUUAACAUGUUUUGAGAAUUUGGAUAUGGAAUGUGGUGGGGGAUAGAGGGUAGGGUCCAUGAGAAGAAGGAAGGACCCACUUUGAAAAUUUUGGAGUUCUCAUCAUUACGAAUUACUAGGAGGGGAAUGAUGCUUCUCUUUUUA